GGCAGAGCUUCGACCAGUCCUCAGAGACCUGGACCAUGCUGAGCCGCAUCAUCGCCCUCUGCAAUAGGGCCCAGUUCAAGCCAGGCCAGGACAACGUCCCUAUAGCCAAGCGUGACGUCAUCGGUGACGCGUCGGAGACGGCGCUGCUGAAGUUCGCGGAGGUGACGUUGGGGCCGGUGGCGGCGCUGAGGGCCCGGUUCCCAAAGGUGGUGGAGCUGCCCUUUAACUCCAGCAACAAGUUCCAGGUGUCCGUCCACGAGGCCGGGGAGCGGCAGGUGCUGGUGCUGAAGGGUGCCCCCGAGCGGGUCCUGGAGCGCUGCAGCCACGUCCUGCUCAAGGGCCAGGAGCUGCCCCUGGACCCCCAAUGGAGGGAGGCCUUCGAGGGGGCCUAUGCGGAGCUUGGGGGGCGCGGAGAGAGGGUCCUGGGGUUCUGUUCCCGCUGGCUCCCCGCCGGCUCCGUGCCUCCGGAUGGGGACCCCGAGGAGCUCCCGGCCUUGGCCUCCGGGCUCUGCUUCAGCGGCCUCGUGGCCAUGAUCGACCCCCCCCGGGCCACCGUGCCCCAGGCCGUGCUCAAGUGCCGGACGGCGGGGAUCAGGGUGAUCAUGGUGACCGGGGACCACCCCAUCACGGCCAAGGCCAUCGCGGCCGCUGUGGGCAUCAUCUCCGAGGGCAGCGAGACCCCCGAGGAGGUGGCGGCGAGGCUGAGGGUGCCCUUGGAGCGCGUGGACCCCAGGCAAGCCCGGGCUCGGGUGGUGACGGGGGCCGAGCUGGCGGCCAUGACACCGGAAGCCCUCGAGGGUCUCCUCCGGACCCACCCCGAGAUGGUUUUUGCCCGCACGUCCCCACAGCAGAAGCUGGUGAUAGUGGAGAGCUGCCAGCGGCUGGGCGCCAUCGUGGCGGUGACGGGCGACGGCGUCAACGAUUCGCCGGCGUUGAAGAAGGCCGACAUCGGCGUGGCCAUGGGCAUCGCCGGCUCCGACGCCGCCAAGAACGCCGCCGACAUGAUCCUAUUGGACGACAACUUCGCCUCCAUCGUCACCGGCGUCGAGCAGGGCCGCCUGAUCUUCGACAACCUCAAGAAGUCCAUUGCCUACACCUUGACCAAGAACAUCCCCGAGCUGACCCCUUACCUCAUCUACAUCACGGCCAGCAUCCCCCUGCCCCUCGGCUGCAUCACCAUCCUCUUCAUCGAGCUCUGCACCGACAUCUUCCCCUCCGUGUCCUUGGCCUAUGAGAGGGCCGAGAGCGACAUCAUGCACCUGAGGCCCCGCAACCCCCGGCGCGACCGAUUGGUCAACGAGCCCCUGGCUGCUUACUCCUAUUUCCAGAUAGGCGCCAUCCAAUCCUUCGCGGGUUUCACCGAUUACUUCGUGGCGAUGGCGCAGGAGGGGUGGGAGCCGCUGCUCUGCCUCGGCCUCCGCCCGCGGUGGGAGGAUCCCCACAACCAGGAGCUGCAGGACAGCUACGGCCAGCAAUGGACGUUCGAGCAGCGCCGGUACCAGCAGUACACGUGCUACACCGUGUUCUUCAUCAGCAUCGAGAUGUGUCAGAUCGCCGACGUGCUCAUCCGCAAGACCCGCCGCCUCUCGCUCUUCCAACAGGGGCUCUUCCGGAACCGCAUCCUGGUGCUGGCCAUCGUGUUCCAGGUUUCCAUUGGCUGCUUCCUGUGCUACUGCCCCGGGAUGCCCAACGUCUUCAACUUCAUGCCCAUCCGCUUCCAAUGGUGGCUCGUCCCGAUGCCCUAUGGGCUCCUCAUCCUGGUCUACGACGAGAUCCGCAAGCUGGGGGUGCGCCGGCACCCGGGCAGCUGGUGGGACCGAGAGCUCUACUACUGACCUGGGGCACCCCAUGGACACCCCCCCCC